CUUCGCCCCACCCCGCUGGCUCUCACGUGGGUUCGGUUACUCAAUAACAGCUCUUCUUCCGGGACUUCCUGGUCACUGCGACCAAUCAGAGUGUUCUUCCUGUCCUGACCAUUGUCAGCCGGCUGCCAAUCGCGCGCCUGUACCAACGCCCCUUAAAGGCGCCGCCGACGCCGCCCGAGCCGGGGCUAAUCAGUUUCUCGGUUCCUGCCCCCAGCUGCGGCAUGGAGUCGUCCCGGGGGUGGCCUGGGCCCGAGGCGGACCUUCUGGCUCUGGGGGAACAGCAAGCCGUGAUCUUCGGUGGCGGGCCGGGCCGAGCGCCCUCUGAGCCGCCCUCAGGCCUCCCGGUGCCCGGGCAGGAAGAGGCCGAGAACGUUGGGGACGCGAGCCGCCACCCCGCGGCGUCCCCGAAGACUUCGAGCCGCGGCGUCGUCCACCGAGCCGAGCGGGAGGCUCGGGACGACGAGCCGGGCCGCGGAGGGACGCCGUCCGCUCCGGGGAGCCGCCGGGGGGCGUCGGGUCCCGAGCCCGACCCGCAUGGGUCCUCCCGGCGCCAGGACCCCGAGCCUCCGGAGGACGAGUCUGCAUCCGAGAGGGGCUGCCGUCGAGGGAGCCCGGGAGGCAGCGGGAUGGAGGCUGAGCCGCGGGAGGAAGACGAGGAGGAGGCGGCGGCCGGCAGGGCUGGCCGCUCGUUCUCCAGCCGCCUUCAGGACAGCCGCAGCCUGGACGGGCUGAGCGGGGCGUGCGGCGGCGCGGGGUCCGCGGGGGGUGCCGAGCCUGGCGCGGGCGGCGGGCGCCGCGCCACCAUCUCCAGCCCCCUGGAGCUCGAGGGCACGGUGAGCCGCCAUGGCGACCUCACCCACUUCGUGGCCAACAACCUGCAGCUCAAGAUUCGUCUGAGCGGCGCCCCUCAACCUCCGCCCCCUGCCCCGGCGCGGCCCUGUGCAGCGCCCGCGCCCACUGCGGCCAUCCCCCCCAUCGAUCCCGACGUACUGCGGGACCUGGAGCGGCUGAGUCGGGAGCUGGGCGGCAGGGUGGACCGUCUGCUGCGCGGGCUGGGUGGCGCGGUGCAGGAGCUGACCGCGCUGAGCGUGGGCUGCAUCCAGACCUACCGCGACGCCGUGGACUCCCUAGGCGAAGCCGUGGACAUGAGCAUCAAGGGCAUGUACACCCUGCUGGCGCGCUGUGAAGAGCUGGAGCGGGCUCUGCAGCCAGUUCAGGGGCUGGCGCGCCAGGUCCGGGAUAUCCGACGCACGCUGGAGGUGUUGGAGGCUCUGUGCAAGUGACCCGGAGGGCAGGAGAGGCUGCUAAGCUAGGGCCCAGCAGGAUCCUAAGGACUCUUCAAGGAGCUUCCACCAGGAAGCUGCCCGCUGAGGGGAGGCCUAUGUAUUGGAGGCUCUUCCAAACGCAUUUAGCAGGCCUGCAACCACUUGCGGGGUCUUAUUCAGGUGUAUAUGGGGGAAGUCCUAAAGCUGCUCCUGGUGGGAGGGGAUGAUGCUCUGCUUCUAUUAAGUUGGCCAUCUGUAGCAACCUUAUUCUCAACUCUCUUCUUCAGCUAGAGCACCGUCUGUGGGAACCCAGGGCUUUAGGUUUUGGCUUGGGAGACAUGACUACCAUAGUGGUCAAGAAAGAAGAACAGAAGAGGCCCCAGCCCCCACUGUGGCCACCCUAACUCCAGUGGCCACAUCUCAGGUGCCAGGGGCUGUGGGAGCUUGAGUGGUCCUUGACCACACGCCAUGCAGACAAGAAUGCACCCCUGCUUCUGCCCUCUGGCCCCCUACCAUCCCCCUUCCCCAGCCAGAACCGGGGUGGAACUAGAGAGAAUGCAUUGAAUGAUAGAGGGGGUGAGGUGGGAGGGGUCUCACUGCUCUCAGGGUUCAGGCAGAACUGUUGCUGGUUUUGAAGCCCACCUGCUGUGGAGUGUUCUAAUCAGUUUUGGCUUUCUGAGUUUUUGUGGAAUUAAAGUGCUGCUGCUAAGGC